AUUCGGAAACCUUCAAAUACAAGUCGACAGCAGCGCGUGAGCUGCCGACAGCGUCCGAAAGCUAACGAACAGGAGGCUUUGUCCACCGGGAGAUUUCACCUGACACACGCACUUAUUCGACCGAAACCUGGGAAAGAAAUCAUCGAACAAUCAACUCAAAGACGCGGAAACUUCAAGGAAAGCGAGGGUCGUCAAAGGACAGCGUAAAGUUUGCCUUUUGGGGCGAAAAUAAGCUGAUUUUCAGCUCAGCGUAUACGUAGUUCUUCGCCCGCAGGCUAGCUAACGGUGCUAGCUCGAGGAAGAAAGGCCGUCGAGUUGACCCAGCGUCAUAUAAUUUUGACGGAUUGUGAAUAAUCCUGGCAUACUACGGUUGCCACUCACUGCUCGCAUCGGAAAACUUCAGAUAAGAGAGGAAAAAAACACCGUGAGAGGAUGGCUCUGAAAAGGAUUCACAAGGUAAGAAAAUGUCGAGCUGUCAUCGUUAGCUGCGGUGUUAGCCUCCCACAAUGCUCUAUCCUGUAAAACAUGGCGGUGAAACACGCUCGGAAAAGUUUCAGCCUCUUACGAACACGUAAAAAUAAAUUCCCUGUGUCCAUUAUUGCUCUAAUUUUCUGUAUUUUUGCCUCCUUGCUCCUGCUAUCUCACACUGAACCGGCUGUACUUUCGGUUGGUUGGCGCAUAGCUAACUUAGCAUUAGCAUUAGCACAGGUUCUGGUGUGUUCGUCGGUAGAAAGAGGCCGCAUGAAUUACUCAACACUUCUUACGUUUACAUAAACACAAAACACGUUUGAGUGUUAUCCACAAGUAGGCUGACGUUGAUCCUUCGUGUCCCGGUAGGUGGGUUAUAUUACAAACAUUUCACAAUAUCGUUGGAAGGUCCCAGAAGUCAUGACUCAUAUCUUUGAGGGAAUCUGUGUAAGCAGUCAUGGCUGUGUCCAUGAUACACUUCCUUGGUAUGUGAUAGUAUUUGUUCUUUGCCUGUGCACAUCGCAGGGUGUGUUCUGGCAGUUUGCAUGGAGGAAGUUGGCAGCAGAAGUGUGAUAUAACGUGGAGAAACACCUCUGAAGUGUUCACUAGUGAUAAAGUAAAAAAAACACUUGAACUGACCCUACAGAAUAGUCCUCCUACAACCUUUACCGGUGUCUGUUUGACACGCAGGGCAGCAUGGUGUCGGGAAAAAUGACACUGCGAGACGUUUUCCACCUGCAAUAUUUAUUAGGGUGUGAAAAUAUCCAAAUUAGGAACUUAACUUUUAUUUGUGUCACACUUCCCGACAAGGAAAUAAAGAAAAUUACAGAUAAACUCAGUGAAAUCCUAACAGUAGAACGAAAACAACAACAAAGACCGACCGAUAUGGAUUUUUUUGGGGUCAAUGCCGAUACCGAUUAUUAGGAUUGAUCAGCCGAUUCCCCCUGCAGAUCGGUGCCUCCGUGUCUUAACUCACGUUAUUAAUCAACGGUCCGGUCUCAUCUGGAGACAUGCAGCUGCCUCAGUAAGAGACGUAGCUCGAUCACAUAAUGUGUACUGUUGUUUAUUGUACCGUUACUGGCACGGCUAACAGUGUAGCAAGGCUAAUAGCAGGUGGCGAACUCUAGCUUUAGCUUGCCUAUAACAUGAUGCUUCGCAGGAACAUGGUGAAGUGGGUUGAACUGAAACUUGUUGACUUAUUGUGUAUUUCACAAACUGGUUUAUUUACCGUUGAGGUGGACCACUCUCCUCCAUGUGUCCCUGCUUCAGAUCUGUCAAUCUACAGGAUAAGUCGGGGAACAUUUCAAAUGGCAGAACAUUUUCGAAGUGAAACCGAAUCUUGUUUUCCGCAUUGUCUUUCUGAAAAUAUCAGUGAGUUUUGGCCGAUCACCAAUUAGUCUGAAACGGGUCAAAAUUGGCUUAUUUAAUCGAGUCACCGAUAAAUCGGUCGGGCCCUAACAAAGACCCACCAAAGCCGUACACUGACCCCAAAAUUAUCAAUGUAAUAAACACGCAGACUUCUUGUAUAUGCCUAUUUCAGAUGCUCAAAUCGUGGUAUCUUCGCACCUCCGUUGACCAUUUUCUAAGAGCGUUUUGAAAACAUCGGAUCCAGGAUGUUGUCCUCUAAUUAUGUGAAUUUUCCAGGGACGCCUUAAUUCUUAUUUUGCCUCUUUUAACCACUGUAAUACCUGCCUUCAGGUUAGGCCUGGGACGAUAUGCUUCUCUCCCCAUUUGAUUCUUCUAUGAUUUUUGGAUACAGAUUUGAUUUAAAUUGCGAUUUCUACAAUGUUGUUGAUUUUUAGUCUGCAUUUUUAACACCAGUGAAACAGUUGAAUGAUUAUUAAUGUCUACUGAGUAUUCCAGGAAUCAUAUUUCCUUCAAAAAAAACACAUCAAAUGAAAAAAAAUCAAUUUUUGAACAUCAAAAUAGGUUCGAAAAUUGUAAAUCGAUUUUUUUUUUCUCCCACCCCUACUUCAGGUACUUUCUGGCACUUUCUAAGCGAAGUUUAUUAUUGUUUGUCCAUCCUUUGUCCUCGCUGUGUUUACCGCCUUGUUGAUGUUUCCACUCUGAAGUGCCGGCUGUACUGAUUGGGGAUUAAGGCUGGAAAUCUGGCCCAGAUUGUGUAUGGAUUUUGUUUGGCUUGUUUUUGUGGUUACACACAUCUAUUUUUGUCGUGUUAUGUCUGAGCUGCUUUUCUCCCCCUUGUUUUAGUUUUUGUGAUUGUAAAGAAAAUAGUUUAAAAAGAAACUUACACUGGAAGGAAGACAUACCCAUGGCCAGUCGAGUGCAGACUUGUCACUUACAGCAUGGCAUAAUUAAAAUACACAAUAGAAAGUCAGUCCUCAAAGUGACUUUUAAAGUCGUCCCAUUAAAGUCCCCCCUAAAAAACAAAGUUGACCACCAGUCAAGCAUUUGAAAUGAGGCAUGUUGCCCAUCAUAGUAAUAGUGACUGAAACAGACAGUGUGAAUUAAAUUUCAUGACAGUCUUUCAGUUGGGAUCUUGACAGCUUAAAGAAGUUACGACAUGAGACCUUCAGAAAGGUUUAUAGGGUCUGGUCUCUGAACCAUGAUACGACAUCAGAUCUCAAGUACUCUCACACUGUUUUUCAUUUUUCAACUCUGUGUUGUUUACUCGAAUCCAGUUUGACUGAAAUCCAUAAACUUGUGUAAUGGUGUGUGACAGACGACCCGGGGUGGGGCCGUGGCUUCCACCUCUCUCUAAAGUAUCUGUAGGCCUAAAAAUAACAGCAGUGUGUAUGCACACUUCAGGCUCAUCUGGCUGUUAACUGCAGGGGCGAUAACAAAGUGGCCCCCUUCCCCCCGAGCCGGUGUUGUGUUGAACUUGUGGGAGAGUUGCAGGAGAUAAGGAAGGUGUUGAGAAAUAGAUGGCGCGGACCACCUCAUGUUUCACCUCCGUUCCCCUGCCCCCAUGUUGGCAUGUUGAUUUCAGAUGCUGCUCCUUUCCUUGUUUUGUCUGUGGAGAUUAUUGUGGUCUGCGUUUGUUAUUAAUCCCAAACUCUUUUUUCAUUGCAGGAGCUCAACGAUUUUUCUCGUGACCCUCCUGCACAGUGCUCAGCCGGCCCAGUGGGCGAUGACAGUAAGUGUCCCAUCAUUUGAAGGCGAAGUCUUUAAAGUGUUGUUCUGUCUGACCUGAAAUCCAAGACACAAUCCAAAUUACUCAUGUAUAAUGAAAAAACAACAAAAAAAUCUUUGCAUUAGGAAACUAGGACAGCUUCUAUGGCUGGAGUGUUUCCUAAUUAAGGUUUCUUAAAGAUCAUUUGUUCAUAAAAUAAAAUAAUAAAACCACAUUUUUAAUGUUGCUCUCCUGAACCUCCAUAAAAGUGAUAUUUUUAGAAGUGAGAGGUUUUUCUGUGGAUCCUUUUUAACAAAUAAAACUGACCCGUCUGCUUUUAUGAAUAACCUGUCCCUGAUAUUUUUAGCAGUGUGGCAGCAGAUCAAUUUUGCUAUUGAUUGACUAACCAUUAAAUCAAUCAGCAAAAGAUAGAGGAAUCUUGUAGAGCUAGAAAUUGAUCUAAGAUACCCUCAUUGAAACAGGGGUGCUUGACUCUGAUGUGAAAUUAAUGCAUGAUCACUGAAAAUAUAAGACAGUAUUGAUCAUGACAAUUAUCUAUAAAAGGAAAUGUUUCUUUGAAGCUGUCGUGUUCGCUCUGAAACCUGUCAGAUCAUAUACCUUUGACCUUUUCCUGUUGUUUAACAUUUACUUUCUGUUCUCCGCAGUGUUUCACUGGCAAGCCACAAUCAUGGGACCUGUAAGUACAGACUUUAUGGCACACAGCUGUUGUUUAUUUGUACUUUAAAUGCAGCACAAUGUUAUUAUUUUAUACGGGGGGUUUUUGCUCAUGGCUGCUUUGAAUGUGACCGUGAGAUAAAGGUUAAAAUUUGACUUGAUAAUAAGGAAGCUUUGGAUCAUUGACCUCUGAAAUGUGUUCAUGUCGUGCUUCUUUCAGAGCGACAGUCCAUAUCAGGGAGGAGUUUUCUUCUUGACAAUUCAUUUUCCAACAGACUACCCCUUCAAACCACCCAAGGUAAGCAUAAUCACACCUGAGAGAGGAAGCCAGACUUCUUGUAACACCUGAGACCUUUUGUAAUUCAUCUACAAAUCCACCAUAAACUUCCAGUGGUCUUUAACAAACUUAAACUCCCACAUGAUUUGUGUUUUGUUUUUGUGAAUACAGGGAGCAUGUGUCUCGUAAAAACAAACCGAUGCCAUGAACUAACUUUUAUCUCUUUGACAGCCGUCAUGAAGUUAUUCUCGUCAUUCCAGAUGUAGAUAGUCAGGAGUGUCAAACGUCAAUGCCGCGUGGCGAGGAAUUCCAGUUGCAUAAUGUCGAUCUGCUGUGACGCCUGGUUUUACUCGCCCUCACUCCUGUGUGUUUUUGUCCUUUUUUUUUUUUUCAGGUUGCAUUUACAACAAGAAUUUACCACCCAAACAUUAACAGUAACGGCAGUAUCUGUCUGGAUAUUCUCAGAUCACAGUGGUCUCCUGCACUCACUAUUUCAAAAGGUAAGAAGGGUCACAAACAAGGACAAUAACUUCACAUAAUGCUAGGUUUUCAAAUUAUUACAUUGUGCUACAGAAGACUAAGAAUGUGUCUGUGAUACUUCUCAAUUUGAACAGGAUUAAACCGUAUAAAAGACUCCAAAUGGUUUAGAUCUUGUUUGGUAGAUUACAGAAACUCCCUUUGGCUCCCCCUGGAGCUCUGAAAGGACUCUAAUGUAACUUAACAAACCACUGCCCAAAACAUUUUACACAAUUCACAUAAUUUUGUAUAAGAUUCCCUUUUUUAGGUCACAUCUUAAGAACUCCUUAUGAUGAAAACAGUUUCUACUAAAUCAUUUAUAUUGUGCCAGAAUUAACCAUUAGUAUAAACACCGUUUUUUUUUUUUUGCUGGUUACUUCUUGGUGUGUAUAUCUUUAUCAGCCAUUGUUAAAUUUGUGUACUAUCCGAGAUUUUCACAGUAUAGAUCUACUAUUCCACAAAACUAAAUAUGUUUCUAUGAGUCUAAGGUGAACGGACUUGUGUCUAAGCAGAAGUGUCUGUCAUUUGCACGUUGUGAAACUGGUUAACACGGUUAUGUAAUCUGUCUUUCUUGCAGUACUUCUCUCCAUUUGCUCACUCCUAUGUGACCCCAACCCUGAUGACCCGUUAGUGCCAGAGAUCGCACGUUUGUACAAAACAGAUAACUCGAAGUAAGUCGUCCUUUUUAAAGAUUUCUUUAUUUUUAAUUCUGUAACCUCUUUCUUUCCUCAACAAGCCUAAACCAACAAGGUCUAACAAAAAGACCGUUCAGUAAAUCCUCACUACUUUAGGGGAAGGGUGAUUUUGGAAGAAAGUGCAUGCUAUUUCCAAUAGAUUUAAAAUAACAGGACUGAAUGGAAACAAAUGAAAGCACUGUUAGAAAGUAAAAGAAUCAAAGUUUAGCACCCUCUUAAGAUUGGAGGGUGGCAGCUGUCAUAAAGAACCACUACAAGGCCCAUUAUUUCACAGAUGAAGUUUAUUCUAAGCACCUUGUCAAAACUAGUACAAAACUUAAAGGGGGUUCAGUUCGCCUACAAUCACUGAUUCUAAUCUGACUGGUGAAUAGUGGGACACAUGUUAGCAUAAUGUAGCUUAACCGACCAGUUUGAGGCACUUAAGUCCAGUAACUGUUGAAGAAUCAUCCCGAGUCCUGUGUGUAACCUUGUCUCACUCCGUCAGGUACAAUAAACUAGCUCAGGAGUGGACUACAAAGUAUGCCAUGCUAUAGGGUAAGGCCAAGAGCCUGCGCUGCAUCUUGGCUGUUGUUGGUUUGGCCUGUUACAUCUUGUGAUGCUCUGAUCUCACUGACAUAACUGUGAUUAUACUAAUCCCUGAGUACGUGUACAUGCCGAGGAGUCUUGGGAGCAUCUUGGUACACUGUAGAUGAAGUCUUCAUGCUAAAACAUACAGGAUUGCAGCAGCGUCGUGGAUCAAACAAGCGUACAGGGCGCGUAUCGGCUCCGUCGCAGCAUCGUAUCGGGAGCAGCACUGCUAAAGACACGCAGCGAGUCUAUUUUUGCUGCUCUACGCUUCCAAUGCGCGUCAAUCCACACAGAGAAGAUCGUCCUGGACAGGAAGUCAAACAUGAAAACCGCGCAUGUCAUCCGGUAUUUCAAAAUCAAACACCAUAUGCGGUUAUGGAUUUAUCAGUAACACAGAACAAUCCGACGGUAAAUCCAUGAUCCAUGUGGACCCCAACAGGAACAUGGUUUACUUUAUUAAACACGAGUAAACCUGCAAAAACCAAAACUUUAAAAUCAUGUUGCUUUUUCACAUAUAGUAGAGGCUCAAUGGUCACUCAAUUAUAUCCAAAUUAGCAGGAAAUAGAGCACAGAUAGUAAAGACAAUCAGUUGUGCGCAUGUUGUUUCCUCUAUACUGAGCCCAGCUGACCGGGGCUGCAUUACGCUGCUGCUGCUACGCUCCUGUAUGCGAUACCCAAUGCUGCUCUACAGAAUAAUACGGAUGUUUUUGGCUUCAAUGUUAAUAAACAAGUUAACUGGAUACAUCUGACUUCCUGCCAGCUGGUAAAGGCCCGGUGAUAGUUGGGGGGUUCAUACAAAUUUGGGCUGGCGUGAAAAACGGUCUCAAGAUAUCAAUAAAGAAAUGGUGUUAGACUUUAGUCAUAUUUCCUGCAGUUUUACCAGCAUGUAACUCAUUAGAAAUGGAGCUGAAAACGGUUUUUAUCUUUUCACCAGACCAAAAUAUGAAAAAAACACAGGCGCUUCUUUGUGCCUUGUGGUUGUUCUGGUGAAUAUAGUUUAACCAGAUGAGUAAAUUUCCCGCAGCAAAACAUGAACAUCUAAAUCAAAACACACCAGUAGAGCCCUGGACAGUACUGAAACCUUUCAUUAUUGGGUUUCUAGUCGGUACCACAGACCUUUAUUUCAUUUUUAAGUGCGAGCGGAAAUCACCUCGUAGAGAUUUGUCACUUGCAGUCCAUCACGGCCGAUAAUGGGUUUGCUUUUAUUGUUCAUAGUUGUUGUCGCAUUGUGGAGCAGAUGUCAGCGAAGGGACUGUACUGAAAAAUGUUCUUGGUGGUGCAUUCAAGGACAUGCCAACAAGAAGAAACUCAUUCAUGAGCUACGAUGACUGAAACCGGAGCCUCGCAGAGUGACAAUACAGGCUCCGAGGGUUGGGUUUCACGUAUGGAAAGGGUGGUGUCGAGUAUAUUAUAAACCCUCGGGUGUCAACACACACACAAAAAAACAGUAUACGUCAGCAUCUCUAUGACCAAGAGGUUAUUAGCGUAGAUGAUCGCUCACUGUGACACACUUUUGUUCUCGUGUGUGUGAAAAGACGCCUGUGGCAAAUGAGAGAUUUGUUAAAGUUAAGGAUGAUUAAUCUAAUGAAGCUUUUUAAUGGUUAAUGAUUGACAAGAACUAUCAGUUGCUGAUAACUUUCCUGCAAGUCAGCUUUACACACAGAUUAUCAAAACAUAAUAAUCCCCCGUCAAUGAUGUCCUCUUAGAUCAUGAAUAUGGCUAAAUCAGGAGACCAGUAUAAGGGUCGACUUUAUCGUUAACCUGAAUUAAAUCGAUGUAUUUUAGAAGAUUUUUAAAGUUUAGAUUUUGUAUGCAUGGAGCAAAAGCAACUAACACCAGCAUGAAAGAGUUACUUGGUGCCGGAUUAAAUCAAACGAGGCCUUCGAUGAUUUCACAGCCAACAGGUCGAACGAGUAUUUUACUGUCACAACUUCUGGAAGUGAAGUUUGUACAAAGAGUUGUUUUUAUUUUUGCGUAAUGCAUUUUGUAAGGUUGCUCAAAUUGCCUGUCCUAUAAAUGCAGUGUGCUCAAAGUGCAUGUGCUUCCAUGACUCUAUAUAAAAAUUGUGUAUUCAAUUGGGAAGGUUUUAUACUAAAAGUUGAUGUUUAUUGACGGUUAUUUUGCCUCAAAGUCUAAAUGUUUCUUCCUUCUCUUUUCAGAUACACCAAAACAGCAAAAGAAUGGACAAGCAAAUAUGCAAUGUGAUGGUUGGGAAGUUGGCGGGAAAACAACGUUGCUGGUUCAAACAAAAAAAGAUCCAGGAUUUUGUUUUUCUUUUUCACUUUUUUCUGUUUUGUUAAUCAGAGCAUUUUACCCCUUACUUUUUCCACCUGCGCUCAUAAGAAGAUAGUGUUUUCUCUUUAGGACACGUGCCAGUUUCUGUGAAGUUUCAACUCCUGUUUUGUACAGAGUUCAAAAAAGAAAAAAAGUAAAAAAGAAAAAUCACCAUGGUGCUGAACAGCUUGAGCAUGCCCCAAUAAGAGUUUUCAACCCAUAAUCGGUGAUGUUAAGUUAUUUACUCUGCACACACUUAGUAGAAUUUGAUGUAACUGGUUUAACACUGAACACUUUAUCAACCCCACACUGAUCCACUUAAAUAAAACAAAAAACAAACCCAUCAGGAUCCUGUGCGGUUGAUAUUCGCUUAACUGUGGCCUGGAUUACUCAAAGCACUUGAAGAGAAACCUGUCUUUGCCAAAUAUUCAGAUGUUUAGAGUUUCAAAUCGGCUAAAUUCGGCUGCGUUUUAUUUGACAUUGGUAAUAUCUUAGAAGGGGAAAAUGCCAAUUCUCUGAAAGAUUAUAAAACUGGUUCACGGUUCCUGUAUUUGCUUCCUGGACUGGUGUGACGUCAGUAUGUUCUUCUGAUCAUUAGUGUAGGAAUCUAUUACCUGAGGAAAGAUGUGUAUCUUAUUCCACUAUCAAAGUGUGUGUACAGAGAAGCACAGCAGUAUAUAUCAAUGUUAAGGAAACAAACUAUAAGAACUUCAAUGUUGUAUUUUAUGCAUGUUAAUAAAGGUAGGAUAUUAUAUCUGAUAUGUUUCUGCAAACUAAGUGGAUUGUCAGGCUGAACAGUUGGAAAUUUGGUUCCCCUCAAAGGCUUUCUUUUACUUUGUCAUUAUUUAGAAGCCAGUAGACGAGUUUUUAGUUCUAUGCCCACUCAAACACUGUCUUCUUGUAGCCCUAAAAUAAUGAUGCAAAGCUGAUGGUUGAUAAUCAACCUGCGGCUCUGUUUUCUUUUAGUUUCCCUUCAAUAAAGUUACUCAAACCAUAAAGUUUGUUGUAAUCGUCCUGACUUUUUUGUGCGUGUG